AUGCUCACUCACAUGCAUGUGUUCGUCACUGCAAGACGGGGACACAUCACAUUUGGUGGUUUAAUAACCUCCAUUGCCCGAACCAUAGGGCCAGAGCAUAAAUUAGCAACCUUAGUACCUCUCCCGUCAUGUUUCAUUGAUAUUGACAUGGCUAGGAGUAUGAAUUUAGUGAAACAACAUCCAGUCGGUAAAUUUGAUUUAAUGAUUAAUAACAAAGUCUUUCCGAAUACCACUCUCCCAGACCCAAACCGCAUAGAUGUGCGCCAUCAGAAUAACUUUUUCUAUAUUAAUGACCCAAUGCCUAGCCCAGUCCCCGUGCAUAUUCCUGAGAACGUAGCUGCUGGUGAGGACACUGAUGACGAGUAUGAAUGA